AUGAGUAAAAAUAAUAAUAAUAAUAAUGGUGGUGAAAGAAUCCAACCAAUUGAAAACAAUGAUAAUAUUCAUAUGUAUAGUUUACCAUCAACACAAAUUAAUGAAGAUAAAGUAAAACCAACUGGAAUUAUUGAUGGUUUAUUAAAUAUUAAUGUUUCAGAAAUACCAUGUUUUAAAUCAUCAAUGCUAUAUGCAGUUGGUGGUGCUAUGGGUGUAUUAGCAGUAACCUCACUUAUUCCAUCUUUAAGAACAAAAAGAUUUGGACCAGCAGAUUAUGGUGUUUGGACAUUUUUAGGUAUUGCAAGUUUAUCUUGGCCAAUUUGUGAUUAUAACCACAAAUUACACAAUAAAAGGGUUAAAUUAUUAAUGGAUGCACAAGUAGCUGAAAUGAAUAGAAAGAUGAGUGAGAAGAUUGAAACAGAAAAAGAGGAUCAAAAAAAAUAA